CAGUGAGGAAGUUGUAAAUUAGCCUUUAGGAGACGCUGUUUGUCAAAGUUAUCUUAACCCUGGAAAAGGGGAGGGAAAAAGGCAGAUAAGCAGUGACGACAUCAGCAGGAAAUUAAUAUCAGGCUACCCAAUCCUGAAGAUUCAGUUUUCACUUAAACAAGCAGCAAGUCUUGAAGUCUCUUCCCAAGCAAAUGGGAGCUUCUUUGGACCUUGGAGCACACAGAGGAUUCUACUUUCUUUAAAAUUUUGUUUUCAGGCAAUUUCCCUGAGAACCGUUUACCUCCAGAGGAUUGGUGGAGCUUGAUCUGAAGCCUGGCCAUGAAAUCUCAAGGUCAACACUGGUGUUCCAGUUCAGAUAAAAACUGUAAAGUGAGCUUUCGUGAGAAGCUUCUGAUUAUUGAUUCAAACCUGGGGGUCCAAGAUGUGGAGAACCUCAAGUUUCUCUGCAUAGGAUUGGUCCCCAACAAGAAGCUGGAGAAGUCCAGCUCAGCCUCGGAUGUUUUUGAACAUCUCUUGGCAGAGGAUCUGCUGAGGGAGGAAGACCCUUUCUUCCUGGCGGAACUCCUCUAUAUCAUACGGCAGAAGAAGCUGCUGCAGCACCUCAACUAUACCAAAGAGGAAGUGGAGCGACUGCUGCCCACCCGACAAAGGGUCUCUCUGUUUAGAAACCUGCUCUACGAACUGUCAGAAGGCAUUGACUCAGAGAACUUAAAGGACAUGAUCUUCCUUCUGAAAGACUCGAUUCCCAAAACCGAAAUGACCUCCCUAAGUUUCCUGGCAUUUCUAGAAAAACAAGGUAAAAUAGAUGAAGAUGAUCUGACAUGCCUGGAGGACCUCUGCAAAACGGUUGUACCUAAACUUUUGAGAAACAUAGAGAAAUACAAAAGAGAGAAAGCUGCCCAGAUAGUGACACCUCCUGUAGACAAGGAAGCCGAGUCGUAUCAAGGAGAGGAAGAACUAGUUUCCCAAACAGACUUUAAGACAUUCUUGGAAGCCUUACCGGAGGAGUCCUGGCAAAAUAAGCAUGCAGGGAGUAAUGGUAACAGAGCCACAAAUGGUGCACCAAGCCUGGUCUCCAGGGGGAUGCAAGGAGCAUCUGCUAACACUCUAAACUCUGAAACCAGCACAAAGAGGGCAGCUGUGUACAGGAUGAAUCGGAACCACAGAGGCCUCUGUGUCAUUAUCAACAACCACAGCUUUACCUCCCUGAAGAACAGACAAGGAACCCAUAAAGAUGCUGAGAUCCUGAGUCAUGUGUUCCAGUGGCUUGGGUUCACAGUGCGUAUACACAAUGAUGUGACAAAAGGGGAAAUGGAGAAGGUCCUGCAGGAGCAGAAGUGCAAUCCAGCCCAUGCCGACGGGGACUGCUUCGUGUUCUGUAUUCUGACCCAUGGGAAAUUUGGAGCUGUCUACUCUUCGGAUGAGGCCCUCAUUCCCAUUCGGGAGAUCAUGUCUCACUUUACAGCCCUGCAGUGCCCUAGACUGGCUGAAAAACCUAAACUCUUUUUCAUCCAGGCCUGCCAAGGUGAAGAGAUACAGCCUUCUGUAUCCAUCGAAGCCGAUGCUCUGAACCCUGAGCAGGCACCCACUUCCCUGCAGGACAGUAUUCCUGCUGAGGCUGACUUCCUACUUGGUCUGGCCACUGUCCCAGGCUAUGUAUCCUUUCGGCAUGUGGAGGAAGGCAGCUGGUAUAUUCAGUCUCUGUGUAAUCAUCUGAAGAAAUUGGUCCCAAGAUGUGAAGACAUCUUAUCCAUCCUCACUGCUGUCAACGAUGAUGUGAGUCGGCGAGUGGACAAACAGGGAACAAAGAAACAGAUGCCCCAGCCUGCUUUCACACUAAGGAAAAAACUAGUAUUCCCCGUGCCCCUGGAUGCACUUUCAUUAUAGCAGAGAGUUUUUGUUGGUUCUUAGACCUCAAACGAAUCUUUGGCUGUAUCCUCCAGCCUCCUGCCCAGCACAGGAAUCAGUGGUCUCCACCUGUCAUUCUAGAAACAGGAAACACCCUGUUUUCGGAUACAGUCAAUUCUGAUUUUCUUUUUCUUUUGACAAGUCUAAAUGUUAGAAAACUUUCUUUUUUACUUUCUUUUUUUUGGAGACAGUCUCAUUCUGUCACCCAGACUGGAGUGCAGGGGGGCAAUCAUGGCUCACUGUAGUCUCGACAUCCCGGGCUCAAGCUAUCCUCCCACCUCAGCUUCCCAAGUAGCUAGAACCACAGGUGUGUACCACCAUGCCUGGAUAUUUUUUAUUCUUUAUUUUUUGUAGAGAUGGAGGGAUCUCACUUUGUUGCACAGGCUGGUCUCAGACUCCUAGGCCCAAGUGAUCCUCCCACCUCCGUCCCCAAAAUACUGGGAUUAUAGGCAUGAGCCACUACACCUGGACAGAAAACUUUCAUUUUUUGUUUUUUUUUUUUUUGUUUGUUUGUUUUUUUUGAGAUGGAGCCUCACUCUGUUGCCCAGGCUGUAGUGCAGUGGUGCCAUCUUGGUUCACUGCAAGCUCUGCCUCCCGGGUUCAUGUCAUUCUCCUGCCUCAGCCUCCUGAGUAGCUGGGACUACAGGUGCCCGCCAACACGCCCGGCUAUUUUUUGUGUGUGUGUGUUUUUAGUAGAGACGGGGUUUCACCAAGUUAGCCAGGAUGGUCUUGAUCUCCUGACCUCAUGAUCCACCCACCUUGGACUCCCAAAGUGCUGGGAUUACAGGCGUGAGGCACCGUGAAGACUUGUAUUGUAGCCUUGGUUUUGGAUGUCUACCCUGAAGAGAGAGUAAUUGGCUUUGGUUUGUGCAAGUACUUUUUUUUUGAGACAGAGUUGCUCCAUCACCUGGGCUGGAGUGCAGUGGUGGGAUCACUGUUCACUGUAGCCUUGACCUCCCACGUUCAAGCGAUCCUCCCACCUCAGCCUCCCAAGUAACUGAGACUACAGGUGUGUGUCCAUGCACAGCUAACUUUUGUAUUUUUUUGUAGAGAUGGAGUUUCACUAUGUUGUCUAAGCUGGUCUGAAACUCCUGGGCUCAAGCGAUCCUCCCACCUCAGCUUCUCAAAGUUCUGGGACUACAGGCAUGAAAUACUGUGCCUGGCCUGGGGACCAGGUACAUUUUAAGGUUCCUUGGUGUUCAAAGAACCAUGUUCUUAGCCUAGACUGAGCUUAGAUUGCCUCUCUAGACAACUACCCCUUAGUUAUAAUUCUGUGUCGCCUCUGCACAGCCUUGAACGUUGGACAAUGAAGUCACAGUCCACCCACCCUCUCUCUCUGAUCUCUCCUUUCCUAAGACUUCUCUUCUGCACAUCUAGUGAGGUGAAAAUUUGGUCUAUGCCAGGCCCAUUUCCUGCUUUUGUGUGAGGAAGGUGCUCACGUAGGAAGUUUUUAUUUGGUUAGAGACAGGUUUCCCUGUAGGAAGAUGAUGGCUCAUUUACGCUCAGCUGCUCUGCAAGCAGAAACUUUACAACCUGAUGUCAUAUUCCAUGUUGGACUGGGUGCGGUGGCUCAUGCCUGUAAUCCCAGUACCUUGGGAGGCCGAGGCAGGCAGAUCACUUGAGGUCAGGAGUUCGAGACCAGCCUGGCCAAUGCGGCAAAACCUCGUCACUACUAAAAACCCAAAAAUUAGCCAGGUGUGGUGGCGAGCACCUGUAAUCCCAGCUACUUGGGAGGCUGAGACAGGAGAAUCUCUUGAAUCCAGGAGGCAGAGUCUGCGGUGAGCCAAGAUCACACAGCUGCACUCCAGCUUGGGCAACAGGGUGAGACCUUAUUUAAAAAAAAAAAAAAAUUCAAUGUUGGGGCUGGAACCUUUCAGGUGCCAUUGACAGAACACCCAAUUCAAAUUGACUGAAGCACAGAAGGGAAUUUAUUGCCUUUUUCACAUGGAAACCCAGGAGUGGAUAGCACUGGCUUCAGGCAAAGCUUGAAUCAGGACUCAGUCUACAGGCCAGCACCUUUCUCUUGGCCGGAUGUCCUCAGGGCUGGCAGAUGCAGUAGACUGCAGUGGACAGUCCCCACCUUGUCACUGCUACUACACUUUGCUCCUCUGGCCCGAGGGAUGAGGAGAGAGGCUGUUCUGUUCUGAGAACUGAAGCUGUUCUCAGGAUCACUGGGCUCUUCUUGGCAGAGGAGAUGUCUGGCUUGCCUGAAGGGAGUGGUUCUGUAAGGACGCCUUGAUGCUUUCUUCAUUAAGAUUUUGAACAUUUUUAUGUACUUGAGCUUUUUUUUUUUUUUUUCAAUUUCUUGAGGAACUUUUUCUUUGUUAAUUCCUGGAACUGUAUUUUGAAUCCUUGAAAGUGAGCCCUCACAGGGAGAUCCAAAGUCCUGUGGUUAACGCCUUCAUUUAUAGAUGAGGCAGCUGAGGCCUGGGGAUGUGAACAACCUGCUCGCAGUCCUCAUUUACUGGAUUUGACUUCAGCCAGGUGAACUGGAAUGCCUUGGGGCGUGGAAGGGCAUUAGGAGUGUUUCAUCUGAUAUGCGAAUGCUCAUAAAAAAAUGUCAAGGAAUGAAGAACAACAACUCUUAGUGGUGCCUGCAUUUAUAAUUAUUUAUGUAAAAGUCAAAUUCAUGUACAGUAAAUUUGUUAUAAGAAUAUUCACAAGAA